CCAGUCAUUUGUGUAGUCUCGUGCCUUCAAAUGGAAAAUUGGUGGGAAUACCCCCGCUGAAUCAGGCGUUGUGCGCGAACCGAUGGUGUCAGCAUGGUGCAAAGACGGUGCAACCAAGGCAAGGAAUCUGAUCUGCUCGACUUGCCUCCGACUUAUAUACACAAUGUGGCUUUUGCUUGUUAACUAACGGCACUUCGACGCUGCAAACCCUCCGGGCGAGCAUACUUUAUAUCCUACCGAACGCUAACUUCUGCAUCAUGGCCGUUGAGACUCUCUCGCCGACUUUCGACAAGCCUCUGAAGCUCCCCCUCUCACAAGAGGAGCUCGACUGCAUCAACGACUACCUUCGCCCUCUUGUGCCAGAGGAUAUACUACGAUGGGCUAUCGAGCACGUCCCUGGUCUCUAUCAAACCACCGCGUUCGGCCUCACUGGCCUCGUGGCCAUCGACAUGCUCUCGAAGAUCACGCCCAACCCUCCGCCUCUCAUCUUCAUCGACACCCUGUACCACUUCCAGGAGACGUAUGAGCUGGUGGAGGACGUUAGGAAGAAGUACAACUGUCCCCUCCACGUUUACAAGCCCGAUGGGUGCGAGACAGUGCAGGACUUUGAGAAAAAGUUUGGGGAGAAGCUUUGGGAGCGGGACGAAGAGCUUUACGACUUCUCAGUAAAAGUCGAACCAGCUCGUCGUGCGUACGAAGAGCUUGACGUGAGGGCCGUUAUUACUGGCCGCCGCGCCUCACAAGGAGGCGACCGUGCAAACCUGCAGCCCCUCGAGAUAGACGGUACAGGACUUCUCAAACUUAAUCCGCUGUUCGAGUGGAACUUUCACCUCGUGGAGUGGUACAUAAAGGAAAAUAAUGUCCCACGAAACAAGCUACUCGACCAGGGCUACCGCAGCGUCGGCGACUGGCACAGUACGGUGAAGAGCAGCGAAGGCGACGCAGGAGAGCGCGCUGGACGAUGGGCGAAUAAGGCAGAGAAGACUGAAUGCGGUCUGCACAAGGACUACUUCACAAUGAAGGCAGCGGCAGAGAAAAAGUUGAAGGAGCAACGGGAGCAACAGCAGAAUGAUAGUCUGUCAACUGCGACGGAAGUCGCUGCCGCAUGAGUCAAAUGUGUCUCGAGAUGUGUAUCGUCAGUGUCAUGCCCUUAGCUCCGGUCUUUUCUUCUCGCCAUUGUAUAUAGAUAUGUUCUUCCACUGUCUAUCUGGAUUUCCGCCGUGUUCCCGA